AUGAGAUUAUUCAAGUGGGAAGCUGGCUUGGCUUCAUCUUGCAUCUUGUUGCUCGCAACAGUGCCAGUUGCCAUCGCCGACUGCGCACUCCCGUCGACUUACAGUUGGACAUCGACUGGCGCUCUGGCGAAUCCCAAGUCUGGAUGGACCUCACUUAAGGACUUCACCACUGUGGUUUUCAACAACAAACACAUUGUCUAUGCAUCAACCAGUGACGCAAGUGGGAAGUACAGCUCGAUGAGCUUCGGCGCUUUUUCAGAUUGGUCUGGCAUGGCAACCGCAAGCCAGGUCGGAAUGAGCUUUUCAGCCGUUGCGCCAACUUUGUUUUACUUCCAGCCAAAGAAUGUUUGGAUUCUCGCCUAUCAAUGGGGCUCGAGCACGUUUACCUAUCGAACUUCAAGUGAUCCUACCAAUGCCAAUGGAUGGUCAUCUGAGCAAGCCCUCUUUUCUGGAAAGAUCACUGGCUCCAGUACUGGCGCCAUUGAUCAGACCCUCAUCGGCGAUUCUACGCAUAUGUACCUUUUCUUUGCGGGAGACAACGGCAAGAUCUAUCGCACCAGCAUGCCCAUCGGCAAUUUCCCUGGAAACUUUGGAACAAAUUCAGAGGUGAUACUCAGUGAUACUCAGAACAACCUUUUCGAGGCAGUUCAAGUGUACACUGUCAAAGGUCAGAACAAGUACUUGAUGAUUGUCGAGGCAAUUGGGUCCCAAGGGCGGUAUUUCCGUUCAUUCACCUCCAACAGUCUCGGCGGUUCGUGGACCGCGCAAGCAGCAAGCGAGAGCAACCCCUUUGCUGGGAAAGCCAAUAGCGGUGCAGCCUGGACCAACAGCAUCAGUCACGGUGACUUAGUUCGAACCAACCCUGACCAAACAAUGACCAUCGAUCCAUGCAACUUGCAAUUCCUCUACCAGGGGCUGGAUCCAAAUGCUGGUGGUGACUACAAUACCCUACCGUGGAGGCCUGCCGUGCUUACUCUAAAAAGAUAA